AUGGUGGAUUCCAGCUCCCAUCGCUUCUUCUACUAUUCUUACCCUCCUUGCGGGGAAUGUGAACAUGUUCACUUUCCAGUUCGAGAUCUGGCUGCCGCCUGGGAUGCCACAAAAGUGCUAGACUUCUCAUUUUCGGCACAAACCGACUGUGGGUUUCACAAUCUCCCCGCAUUGCAAUUCCGACUUGCAGAUGCCAUCCGCACUACCGUGGACUUCUACAGUGAAUCGCCAACUCCAGUUGUGGUGUCAAAACAAGAUGGAGUGACAUGCCUGAACGAGGAUGUGCUCAGAGAAGAUGCCACGAUUGGACACUCUGCAUUAGUGCUGCUGGCAUGGUCGGGUGCCUGUCGUCUUGGAAUAUUCCUUCCCAAUGAACCGCCAAUGCCAAUUGAUUCGUUAACAAAGGGAAUUCUUGCAAUGCAAUUGGAAACUGGUGCCUUUGGCUGCACUUUCAAGAAUCCUACUGAAUAUUUGAGAGGCAUUGCUUUCUUUCCCGGCGAAGCAAUGCUAGCACUCAUGGAUGUCUACGAGCUUUCCAGAGAUACCAAAACGCGACAUAGUCUUGAUGCAAUGGUGCAAGAUUCGAUCCUGUCGGCCAUGGAACAAGCAUUCAAGUUUUACUCACGGCACCACGAAGAAAAUGAACUGGAUGUCAACUAUAACAUUUGGCAAGCCCAAGCCUUUGCUAGGUAUUACAAUGCAUUGUCGGACUCUAGUGCUCACAAAGACGCUGUUGCAACGUAUGUUUUGGACUUGUGUCAUGAGGUUUGCGAAUCUCGAUCUUGGAAGUAUCAGCUUGCUCGAGGGUCUUCGUUUUACGUCAACUUGGAGACUGUCGAGAUUGUUUGCGGCUUGGAUGCACUUGUGGAAGGAUUGACCGUCGCCCAAGCGCUUCAAGACGACCAUGCAGUCACUAAAUUCCGUAUUCAUGUAACUAAUGCUGCUCGAUUUGUGGAAUGGGUUCAAGACCAGGUACCGGAAGACAGCCUCGUGGGUCACGGAGGGUUGGGGUACGGAGGCAUCCAAGUCUUGGAACAACGCCUCGAUGUCACUGGUCAUGGCUUGAGUGCAAUGAACAAGCUCCAUAAAUUGGCAAUGAAAGGGUGGUAG